AUGACUGAAACAAACCCCUCCUUCGUCCUGCGCGCCGUCAAGGAUGUCGCAUUCGAAGAUAGAGCCGUCCCUCCGCUCAAAGACCCCUGGGAUGUGCGCGUCCAAAUCGCCCAGACCGGAAUCUGCGGCAGCGAUGUACAUUACUGGCAGCGAGGCCGUAUUGGCGACUUCAUCCUCGAGUCGCCCAUCGUGCUUGGACACGAGAGCUCCGGUGUUAUCACAGAGGUUGGAUCGGCCGUGAAGAACCUCAAGGUCGGGCAGAAGGUUGCUGUUGAGCCAGGGGUUCCCUGUAGACACUGCGACUACUGCCGCAGUGGCUCCUACAACCUGUGCCCAGAUACCGUCUUUGCAGCGACGCCACCGCACGAUGGAACCCUAUCCAAGUAUUACAUUACACAAGCCGACUUCUGCUAUCCCAUCCCCUACCACAUGGACCUUGAAGAAGGCGCAAUGGUCGAGCCUGUUGCUGUCGCUGCACAAAUCACAAAGGUCGGCAAUGUCCGCCCGAACCAGACAGUCGUUGUUUUUGGGUGCGGACCCAUCGGCCUACUCUGCCAGGCCGUGAGCAAGGCAUACGCUGCAAAGAAGGUCAUCGGCAUUGAUAUCAGCCAGUCACGGCUGGACUUUGCGCAGUCGUUUGGUGCGGACGGCGUGUUCUUGCCGCCGGCCAGACCGGAGGGAGUGGAGGAGACGGAGUGGAGCGAGAAGGUUGCCAAGUUGAUUAAAGACAAGUUCAACCUGGGCGAGGGCCCGGAUGUUGUGCUUGAGGCGACGGGGGCCCAGAGCUGUAUCCAGACUGGGGUGCAUUUGACGAAGAAGGGGGGGACGUAUGUGCAGGCGGGCAUGGGCAAGGAGAAUGUUGUCUUUCCUAUCACAACGGCCUGCAUCAGAGACCUGACCAUCCGCGGGUCAAUCCGGUAUUCGACAGGGUGCUAUCCGGUGGCAGUAGACCUCAUUGCCAGCGGCAAGAUCGAUGUCAAGAAGCUGAUCACGAACCGGUUUACGUUCGAGCAGGCAGAAGACGCCUUUGAGCUGGUCCGGCAGGGCAAGGAGAGCGUCAUCAAGGUUGUCAUCCACGGGUAUCAGGACAAGCAGUGA